AAGCGAUUGAAGUGUUUGUUGAGAGAAAUCAUCAAAUAUUGAGUGAAGGCUCGUCUGAACGCCACUUAACCAUCAAAUCUGUGCACAACUUCUUUGCUAACCAUUAGUGAAACGAUGGGCAAGUAGUGGGUGAGUGAGUGGUGACAGAGACAGUGACUGUGAUAUCGUUUGUGAAGACAUAGCAGUGGGUGUGUGAUGUCGACGGUAUGGCUACCCAUAGGUGUGCGGGUGUGUGGUCUGGACCGUCACCUCCGUCUGUCCACAUACCGAGUGCUGGUUCUGGUGCUCACAUUCAUGGCAUACACGGCCUACCACUUGUCCCGACGCCCUCUCAGUGUCGUCAAGAACGUGUUGAGUCGCAACUGUUCCCAAGUGAUCGUACCUCAAGACGUGAUCAUCACAAACACCACUCAAUACAAUUGGUGCGAUUGGCAGCCCUUUAAUGGAUCCGAUGCUAACACGCUGUUAGGUAUGCCAUACACUGCCUCCCUGUCCACACAUAUGUCUGUCAUUUGUGUCUCAUUUCAUUGAUGGCUAAAUGUCUGUAGAGUUUAUUACAUGACAGUAACCGAAUGUUAUUGAGCGGACUCUUCACCUAUGCCUUUGGCAUUGCUUUCUAUUAUGACAUCCACUCCUUCUACUACUUUAUCAUCAUUCAAAUCAUAUGCGGUGCUCUACAGACAACGGGCUGGCCAGCGGUGGUGUCAUCAGUUGGCAAUUGGUUUGGAAAGGGAUCGCGAGGACUCAUAUUUGGCAUUUGGAAUUCGCACACAAAUGUGGGCAACAUUUUGGGGGCAGUCAUUGCCGGCUAUUUCGUUGAAUAUAAUUGGGGACUCAGUUUCAUAGUGCCCGCUAUUAUCGUGAGCGCCGCCGGCUUUAUACUGUUCCUGUUCUUCACACCCUAUCCAGAAGAAGUGGGCAUUUCAUCCUUCGAUAUCGACAGCAACCGAAGAGUUAGAGAAUCGUUUAAUAACAUCAGCGAAAACACGGGCUAUACUGAUAACAACGAGAGUAUUUCGAGCACCUGUUCCUCGUCAUCCACAUCGCAGUCCCAGUCCCGGGAGCAGCGCCAACAACACCAGCGCCGCAAACUCAAGCCCAUGGAUGAGGCCAAUGACUCCAUUGUCAUGGACGAAGAGGAGCACCCAUUGCUUUCGGCCAAUGACUCAGCGAUGGAGAGCACCGACAAACAGGCCAUCUCUUUCGUCACAGCUCUUAAGAUUCCUGGAGUGAUUGAGUUCUCAUUGUGUCUGUUCUUCGCCAAACUGGUCAGCUAUACAUUCCUCUAUUGGUUACCCAAAUAUAUCGGCGCUUCCACCGACUCAUCCUCUUCCGACUCGGCAUACCUGUCCACUCCAUUUGAUUUGGGAGGCAUUGUGGGGGCAGUGGUUGCCGGCCAUCUCGUAGAUAAGACGGGUGCGAGUGCUCUCAUUUGUUCAGUUAUGUUGUUAUGUGCCAUCCCUUCGUUAUUUUUAUAUCAAUUAUACGGAAUAGCAUCGGAAUCGGCAAAUAUUUUACUACAAAUAUUAGCUGGCGCAUUUGUGAACGGCCCCUACGCUCUUAUCACUACAGCCGUAUCGGCAGAGUUGGGAACAAAAGUGACUAAUAGUCACGCCUUGGCUACUGUUACCGCCAUAAUCGACGGCACGGGAUCUAUUGGUAUGUGCUGCUAUCGGUCCACUACUAGCGGGUCGGGUGUCAGAGACGGGAUGGGAUAAUGUGUUUUAUAUGGUAAUGAUUGCCGAUCUCUUGGCGUUGGUGUCGCUGAUGAGGAUAUCUAUUCAAGAGUGUUGGCGUUUGACCCGCAAUUGGCGCUCAAGACUUGAUAACAGAAUUGCUUUAUAAGAUAAUUGCCAUUAUUUGAAGUAUUAAUUAAUUUGUAAAUAGAUAUAUGAAUUAAGAAAAUUUUAUUUAUAUAUUUUUAUUUAAAAAGCUUUAUUCUAACUAUAAAUUUGUGAAUAUUUUUGUACGUCUCGUCUUCCUCUUAGUAUUUUGAGAUUCAUAUCAUAAUAAUGUUAACAAUAUUGAGAAUAUUUAGAAAUAAAUUGCGAACCAUUUUAUUUUUAUAUCAUAUUAUAUUUAAU